UUUCAAUUUGAAACCUAGAGGAGGGAGGAGGCGGGAGCGGCGGCCGGGCGGCUGGGGCAGAAGCGAGACGGGUCCCCGCGGCGAGCGAGCUCCGGAGUAUAAACUGUGACCAUGACGACUGAAGUAGGCUCUGUGUCGGAAGUGAAGAAGGAACCUGACCAGUUAGGAGCAGAUGCACCCAAGGAGAAACCUGAAGAGGUAGCAGAAAAUCAGCAGAAUCAGCCAUCUGAUCCAGAGGAGGAAAAGGGUUCCCAGCCAGCUCCCCCAGCUGAUCGCCAAAGUAGUCCACGCCGCCGGAAGAGAGAGAAGGAUCCGUCGGAGAGCAGGGGGAUUUCUCGAUUCAUACCCCCGUGGCUUAAGAAGCAAAAGUCCUAUAACUUAGUAGUGGCCAAAGAUGGAGGCGAUAAGAAAGAGCCUGCCCAAGCUGUUGUGGAAGAGCAGGUUUUAGAUAAAGAGGAAUCUCUUCCUGAAGAAGAAAGGCAGGCCAAGGGGGAUGCUGAAGAAACAACUCAGAGGAAACAGCAGGUAAUUAAGGUUGAUGGCAAGGAAGAGGAACCUUCAGUGAUCGGUCCUGAGACACAGCCUGCUGAAGCAGCAAGGAAGGAGACGGAGGAGGAAAAGGUAAGGGAAAUACAGGAAGACAAAUCAGAAGAAGCAGCAAAGAGAGAGACAAAGGAAGUACAGACCAAUGAGCUAAAGGGAGAGAAGGCCUCUCAAAAAACCACCAAGAAGACCAAAACUGUCCCGUGUAAAGUGACCCUCCUAGAUGGCACUGAGUACAGCUGUGACUUGGAGAAACGUGCUAAGGGACAAGUGUUAUUUGAUGAAGUGUGUGAGCAUCUGAACCUCUUGGAGAAGGACUACUUUGGACUUUUAUUUCAGGAAAGCCCUGAGCAGAAGAACUGGCUAGAUCCUGCAAAAGAAAUAAAGAGACAACUGCGAAAUCUUCCCUGGCUGUUCAUCUUUAAUGUGAAGUUUUAUCCUCCUGAUCCGUCUCAAUUGACUGAGGACAUCACCAGAUACUUCCUGUGCCUUCAACUCCGGCAGGACAUUGCCUCUGGCCGCCUGCCCUGCUCCUUCGUGACCCAUGCCCUCCUGGGAUCUUACACACUGCAGGCUGAGCUGGGAGACUAUGACCCGGAAGAGCAUGCCAGUCAUGACCUCAGUGACUUCCAGUUUGCCCCCAUACAGACGAAGGAGCUGGAGGAAAAGGUGGUAGAGCUACACAAAACCCACAGGGGCUUAUCUCCAGCACAAGCUGAUUCUCAGUUCUUAGAAAAUGCGAAGAGGCUUUCCAUGUAUGGUGUUGACCUACAUCAUGCCAAGGACUCUGAAGGCGUGGACAUCAAGCUGGGCGUGUGUGCUAAUGGGCUCCUCAUUUACAAAGACAGACUGAGAAUCAAUCGUUUUGCUUGGCCGAAAAUCUUGAAAAUUUCCUAUAAGCGCAGUAACUUCUACAUUAAAGUUAGGCCAGCAGAGCUGGAACAGUUUGAGAGCACCAUUGGAUUCAAACUGCCAAACCAUCGGGCUGCGAAAAGGCUAUGGAAAGUGUGUGUGGAACAUCAUACUUUCUACAGGCUUGUGUCUCCAGAGCAGCCACCAAAGGCCAAGUUCCUGACCUUGGGGUCCAAAUUCCGCUACAGCGGCCGCACCCAAGCCCAGACCCGCCAGGCAAGCACCCUCAUUGAUAGACCAGCACCACACUUUGAGCGCACGUCUAGUAAACGGGCCUCCAGGAGUCUAGAUGGAGCUCCAAUUGGCGUUGUGGACCAAAGUCUCAUGAAGGAUUUUCCUGGCCCUGCUGGGGAGGUUUCAGCGUACGGCCGUGGAGUGCUCAGCACUGCCCUGAUACAAGACGGGGAUAGCAGAAGAGACAUCAGAAGCCCAACUAAAGCCCCACACAUGCAGCUCCUUGAAGGAAAGUCAUGGGUUUGCGCCUGGGAACAGCCUGUUUCCAUAUUCCCACCUUCACCACUCAUCUGCUGUGCUUCAUAUCUUUCCCCAAACCUAUCGCCAGUCCCUGAGCUGGACUUGCUUUCAGACAUUUCAGAGGAAGACCCCUUUGGGGAGGCCGACCAAGUCACACUAGACAGUUUCGAGCUCCUUUCCACGGGGGAGACAUCAGAGCGGGGGGCCUGUGGGGUGGCUGCCCUUGAUUCUAUCUGCGACCCUGUGGUAGCCCCCUCUCAGACUGACUGUCCUCCCACCCAAGAGAAGCCUCCCAAAGAGGCUGAGCACAAGGAUUCUGAGUUGGGGUCCUUUUCCUUCAGUUUCUGCAGAUGCUUUCCGUCCAGCUUCCGCUCGCUCCUUGAUGAGGAUGGCUAUCUCGCUUUCCCUAGCCUCCCCAGGGUCUGGGUCUCCUUUCUCCCCGCCGAUGUCCAGCACUACGUUCCCAUCACCUCUCCUUCCUUCCUUCCUUCCCUCCUCCUCAUCUUCGGGCUACUUCUCUCUGCUUCUCAGUCAGUGACUUUUUCCCUCACCUUUUCCCUUCCUCUGGCUUUGUCCCUUUGCUAUCUGGAGGCUAAAGCCACUGCCUUUACUGUAUCUUAUGACUGUGACUUGAAUGACAGGACAGAGGAAGAGGAAGCAGUUGCUGGCACGCCUACAUAAGCUUCAGUCUGUGGGGUCAACAAAACUACACCCUUCCUCUCACACCCUUCCUAAUGUAGAGUGUAAACAUGUGCAUAAACGUCAGCAUUGACUAACCGCAGUAUAGUAUGAGCUGCACAUUUCGACACACACAACAUUUUAGUGCAUGAGAACUAAGUGUAAGCACUUCCUUUCCAUUGACCAGGUCCAUACAUUCUAAGAUGAGAGCAAAGUUAGACAGGAUUAUUUUAUAAAUAUCUAGGCCAUGCUAGGUCUAAAAAAGGGGGGAGGGGGAGAACUGUGUUGCUCUUAAUCCGUAUUGGGUCUCUUCAUUUUGCAGACAGAUCUUAAUGCUGUUCUUUUAGGAUAGAAACUUUGUUUUGAUAUAGAACUUAGGAUGCAGUGGGCAUAACUAUAAUUGAUGAGUAUUAGUACAGCUCCUUAGUAUUAUUUCUUUUGUUAGAAAUCCAAGUUUCUUCUUGCACUUAUGAGGCUGCAUCUGUAACCUUUACUUCUGCCAUUUGUAGAUCUAAUCUCAGAAACUCCUUGUCUCUCCCUAUUAUUGUAGCAUUGGGAGACUAUAUGAGCGUCAACUAGUUUUUCGUUUUUGUUUUUGUUUUUUUUACUGUAAACCAUGUAAUUAUAUGAAAGAGUCACUGUUAGGUAUCUUGUAAGAAAGAUACUAUUCUGUUUUCUUUUUCUGUAAAAAAACAAAUGUAUAUUGAAAAUGAAACAAGGCUUUUUGAAAAUUUAGAACUCAUAGCCCUAAGGUUGGGCCUCUUAGUGUUCUUUUAUUUAAAAUUAGAUGUCUGAUUUGAGGAUUUUUACCCCUAUAUCAGGCUCCCUCUGCACUGUCAGUGCUAACAUGUGCAGUAUGUUUUUUAUUGUUUUUGCUAAUGUGGUCUGGUGAUUUCAUGUCUCAUAUCCUGUGGGUACUAUCACUACAUAGAGUAAAUUACAAAAUUUAGAGCAAACCUGAAAAAAAAGUGAAGAUGAUGCAACGAUUAGGCAUUGUGGGCAAAACCACGAUUCUUAAAGGUUACCGGAGGAUGCCGAAGAUCAGGCAUUUUAGAGAAUUUACUAUAGACCAAGGAAUUGGAAGAUAAUUCUUAACAGAUUGUUGAGUGGCUAUGUCUCAUUUUUAUCUUCUGAUAAAAAAGAUACUGUGAGCUCCCUGCUGACUUCUCAAAAAUACUUGAAUGCUUAAAGAAAAAAGCAUUUUGAACUCUCAGAUUUGAUACUAUCAUUCUAGUAAAGAAGAAAAAGAAUAUAUCAGUUAACAUAUAAAGGUUAAACUAUUUUCUUUUGGUAUCAGAAUCAAUAUUUUUCUUUCUUGCCAUUCCUUUCCUUGACAGCAAUCAUCAGUAUUUAUGUUAGUUUUACAUUUACAAAUUCAUUCUUGUGGGUAAUUAGAUACUGAGUAUUCCCCAACUAUGAAAAAUGAUUCUUGUUUAAGAAUUUUGUGAAAGAAAGAUGGCUAUAUUUCAGAGUAUAUUUAAAUCCCCUCCAUUUUAACAUGAACGUAGCAAAAUACACCAAUUUCCCUCCAGGGAAAGAAAUCUAUGUUAAAAAGCUGAAUGAUAGGGUGAAUAUUUGUCCUCAAUAUAAAGCAAAAGCCAAAUUUUACAUUAUCAUACUUUGCACUAGUAAGACAUUUAAAAUUAGAACAGAUUGAAUUAUGCCAUUUUUACACUCUCAUAUUUUCAUUCCUGAGUAAAAUAUAUAUCUAUAUAUAUUCAAAAGCAGUGCAUAUAAUCUAGGGACUGAGAGAGCAAAGCUUCCAUUCUUCAUUCCACCUUUGCAAAAGAUCACUUCCAUCAUUUAUACAACACUGUAGGUGAAGCAAGACCAAAAUGGCUUAAUAUUCUGCACCUUCUGAGGGCCACAGCAUAAAGGUUGGUAAUGCUGGUUCACCACUGAAGUUCAAAUACAGCUUCUUUGCACCGAUGGUAGAGUUUCCACUAAUGCACCCCUUUUUUCUGGCCAUUUGCCGUGUGACU